AUGUCUGCCAGUUUGCCCGCCUGGCAAACUUUCCUCGCUCGCUGUAUUGAGUCGCGACUCGACCCCGAACCCUUCACAACCUACCUCACAAUCCUCGACACCCAAGAACCCCUUCCUCCACCUCGAAUCGUCGACUUGUUCCUUGCUCCACGAGAAGAGGGUAGUUAUGCCCUCGAUCCUCUGGUCAUCCAGUACAUUCAGGUUCUCUUGAGCUCGAGAAAGGUCAACGUGCCAACUGUUUUGAGGGGACUAUGGAGGGUUUCCAGCUUCAGAACCCAGAUAGAUGGCGACGCAGAGGGAAAAGAGAGUGGAAAUGGUGAAGUGGGCAAGCAAAAAGCUGGGAAGAGGUGGAAGAAUUCAUAUACCACCGAGGAGACGCUCUUUUAUCGCAUCACGAAAUAUAUAUCCUCUGGAACCGCUCCUCGAGACCUACAAGAGGCAGUGGAAUUGAUUACUGUUUGUAUACAAUGGAUGGAGACUGUGGUAUCUGCGAGCCGUGUAGGACAUGAAAUGCUGAGUCUAGCACCAACACAUACAGCUGAGAUGGCAGCUCAACACAUGGCAUUGGGCACUUUAGUGAUUGCAGUGGUGGAAAAUGCGAAAGUCGUUCAUGCCUUGGGUACUAGAGCGGUUCCGAAAACAACCAGGAAACACUUGGGGAAGUCUCUGGAAGGCUUUGUACCACUACUAUUACAAUGUAGUCCUCAAGGUGCUGCGAGAUUAGAGGUGUUCCGAACAGAAACCCUGGUUAGCCUGGAACCAAUAGAGACCAAGGAACCGAUGGCUGCAGCAGACAAGGAGAUUGAGGAGAUUCUCGAGGAUGGGUUACAAUUGGGCGUGGAUAGCAUGGUUGUGGAGGAACUCCCAGUGAUGAAUACCAGGGCUGGAUUAUAUGUUUAUUUCAAUUCCUUGCUCGUUGCAAGACCAUUAAUUGACGACAGUACCAUUUUUGCAUAUUUACACAAUAGAUACCAGGGCGACAUUCGCUCAACCAUGGUAGACAUCAUAGUUGCCGCAUUUGACAUUCUUGCGAAUGCUCAAUCUCGGAAUGAGCGCACACAAUCAACCACUGUUCUUGUAUCAUUUCUCAUCAACAAGAUACCUCUUUUACUGUCGACUCUCUCAUCAUCUCUGUUCCCACCUCUCACAGCGGAAUACUGCAUUACCGAGGCUCUUAGGCAGGUCGACAUCAAUCUUUUCCCUACAUUAUCAAACAUGUUCGAUGACCCGAGCGGUAACAUGUUUCCGGACUCCGUCCGUGCUGAUUUCUGCUUCGCUUGUUGUCUCCAUGGAUUGGUAGAGGAGGCAAACAUUCUAGACGUCCUUGGAGAAGAUCCGCUACAAAGUUUACCCGCCGAAGGACGUUACUCCAAGGAUGACUUAGUUCAGCAAUGCUUGUCAGAUCCCGAGCAAGCUGAACGUCUGAUCGAUGAUUUGCAGAAGAUGAAUGGCAAUGGCGGUGCAGUCAGUCAAGCCAUUACGGAGGUCAUCGCGCGAUUGUGUAGCAACAAAGAGACAAUGUCUCUGAAGGGUUUAUGCAGUAAGCUCGUCAAGAUACCUUCAUCACUUGAUGUGAUGCUAUUGUUCGACAAGCCAACAUCAUUUCUCCAACCUAUUUGUGACUUACUUGACAAUUGGCAUUACGAUGAGGAUCAAGGAGAGUACCAGCCAGUUUAUGAAGAGUUCGGUUCCAUCCUCCUCCUAGUAUUAUCCUACGCCAAUCGGUAUAAUUUAUCACCAGUCGACCUUGGGAUUCGGAAUCCAGACUCAUUUGUAGCGAAACUUUUGAACCAAGGCCAUCUCAGCAAGAAGAUGGAACAGCUAUCCGAACAGGAGCAGACUCACCUCGAUGGCUGGAUCAAGGGUCUGUUCGAUAACGAGAGUGGUGGACUUGGCGAUGAACUCAUGUCUUCAUGUCCACCACAAGACUUUUACCUUUUGGUGCCAACAUUAUUUCAUGAGAUCGUCCUAGGAUGCUCGACCAAGAAUCUCUCCGAAGAUGCCUUGAAAGGGGGUCUCGAGUACCUGGUCGAUACUUUCCUGCUUCCAUCACUGGUUCCUGGUAUUACCUGGCUUGCUUGCCAUCUCUGGGAAUCUCGCGGCGAUGGCAAUGCUGUGCUUCAGAUAUUAUCUGCUCUCAUCACAAGCCCAACAUCAAUAUCAAACAAUACUGAAGCUUCCCAAAUGCUCAACUCGAUUCUGAAUAUCGUCGCAAAGAAUCUCGAACAUAGUCUUCGUUGGCUUCAACGAGCAGAACCAUCAAGGCAAGACAUCGAACCACUUCUCAAAGCCCUACGUGGUAACUUGGGUUGGGAAAGAAGAGGUGCAGCGGGCCAUACAGAACUAGAAUCAUGGACAGCUACACCAAAUGGCGGCCUAGUUGUCGCCGUGAAGUCGACCAUCACCCAUCUCGUGCAAUGGGGUCUCAAUCCAACCCUCAACAGUAAUCCUGCCAACUACACACACCGACAAAUUCUCGUUGCCAUCAAGAUGUUGACUGCGAAACGAGUUCUCGGUGCGAUCAUCGACGAGGUGAAAGCACAAACAACAGCAGGAAAUGGAAGUGUUGCACUUGAUGUAGCAUGUGCCCUCAUCUGCGCGCCAGAUGCUGGCAGCUGGAAUUCUGGUAUUCAGACAGAUAUCAUGGGCGCCGCGACCAUCACACUUCAAGAACGUCGCAUGACUCUGCGCGAGGCUUUGAAAAUGGAAGCAGACAAUGCUCCCAAGCUCCACAAGACUGAUCCUUUCCAUGCAGAGACCAUUGUUCGUCUCUACCGAAAGGUCGAAGCACAAUUAAACAUGCCGCAGCAGACUAUGCUACAGCACGAUGCUCUUGGCGAUCUCAACAGCGCGAUCGAAGCUGUUGGUAUGGACGCUCUUGCAGCUGACGCGCUGCAUGGCGAUGGUCUCGGAGAUGGCACGGAUCUGGGACUUGGAGAUCCUCAUGCAGACUUGAUGCAGGGUCUUAUGGGGGCUGGGGCGGACGAUCUUUUGGGAUUCAGUAGUGGUGGAGAUUUGGGAGAUGGUUUGGGAUUCUGA